CACAUCCCGUGAUCGCCGUGUUUCGCCGGUUCUCAAUGCUUUGGAUAGUUCAGUAACUCUAAAGUAAGAGACCUUGUAUUGAUUUGCUUUUUUUUUUUUCUUUUUUGAGUAUUCCCCCUCCUCUAGGAGGCAUCUAAUUUAUGCAAAACCUGCGGUCGCAAUCAACUUGUAGUUUAGUUAAUUUCCUUCUUGUUUUUGUCAUGCGAUUUUUUUUUUUUACAAGUAAAGAAGCGCCGAGACUUGUGAAUCAGAACAUGGAAAUUGUUUAAUGGCUAAACGUUUAGUACUUGAGAAGAACGCUGAGUCUAACCUGGCUCUACGUAAAGCAGCGUUUGUGAAUGGAGACGGAUCCCCUGCUAGUAUCAUCACCUCAGAAAAAUACAUCAGCAUGCUGCGGGCUAGUAGAUAACAGUUCAUGUUCCAACCCUGACAGUGGUUACUAUGGGGGGACGCCAAGAUGUAGGAAGUUUUCCUAUACCGCAACGCAAUCGGCAGCAUACACCAUGAUACAAGAAGAUGAUGGAGACCUCUAUAUGCAGCAAGCUACUGUGUUCCUUGAAGAUGCUGUACAGUAUCGAUCAAUAAACCAUCGAGUGGAUUCCAAAUCGCUGAGACUUUAUCGCUGGUACUAUUCCAAGGUCUGCCAAUGGGGUUUGGGUGCUACCAUCUUUGUCAUUUUGGCCGUGGCGUUUGUCGAAAAGCCUUCAUCUUUGACGAUGGCAUCAGACAUUCGCUACCGCGUUGCACCCUGGGAGCCACCGUGUGGUCUGACAGAGAGCAUCGAAAUGGUCUGUUUCCUGAUCUUCGUGGCUGACGUGUCUGUUAAAAGCUAUUUAAUUGGCUGGGAGGAGUUUCGGAAGAACAAAUGGCUCAUAGCCUAUAUCUUUGUGAUUGCAUUUUCAAUAUUGGACUGGAUGGUAUCGCUCGGUCUGCACUGUGAAGAGGCUGUAAGAAUUCGAAGACUCCUUCGACCUUUCUUUCUCCUUCAAAACUCGUCACUAAUGAAGAAGACUUUAAAAUGCAUUAAAAGAACCGUUCCUGAAAUAACAAGUGUGAUGUUGCUGUUGGCAGUCCAUCUGUGUCUUUUUACAAUGUUUGGCAUGCUGUUGUUUGCCUGGGGAAAGGAUUCUAAUGGAAACGCAGAAUGGCAGGCUUACUUCAGUAACCUACCCGAUUCACUUACUUCGUUACUAGUGCUCCUGACAACGGCAAAUAAUCCAGAUGUGAUGAUCCCUGCAUACUCAAAGAACAGAUUCUAUUGCAUCUUCUUCAUUCUCUUCUGUGGUUUUGGAACCUACCUUUUAAUGAAUUUGCUGACUGCCAUCAUCUACAAUCAGUUCAGGGGAUAUUUGCUGAUCUCUAUUCAGACGUCCCUGCUAAGAAGGCGCUUGGGGAUCAGGGCAGGGUUUGAAGUGAUGUGUUCUCAGUGCCAGUCCAUGACGGGCAUAAAUGAGCACGUGGAGAAUGUCAACACUGAAAUGGUCCUGAAGAUUCUGCAGGGGGUGCAUAUAAAGCCUUUUUACAAAGAAGCUAUAAUCCAGAAAGCUCAGCAAUACGCUGAUGGUUCAAUAUCAGCCAACCAGUUUCAGAAACUUUUUGAUGAACUUGACAAGGACACAAUCAAACAGCACCCUCCAAAGCCAGAGUACCAGCGCGUGUUCCUGCAGAAACUACAGUUCAUCUUCAGCCAUCAAUACUUCAGCCUAGCAGGGAAUGUUGUCGCGUUGGCGAAUAUCAUCUGUAUUUGUGCGGCUCUGGUGAUUGAAGCAGAUAAGGCCGUUUCAGAACACUAUGAUUACUUUCUGGGGGCGAUUAACUGCUUCUUCAUUGUGUACUACCUGCUCGAAAUGAUACUGAAGAUUUUUGCUUUUGGGUUCAAAGGCUACGUAUCUCGCAGUAGUAAUAUAUUUGAUGGAUUUGUGACCGUCCUUUUACUGUGUCUGCAGAUCACCAUUUUUGCUAUGUACAGUUUCCCACAUCCUCGGUGGGACCCAGAUGUGAAGGAAUUGAUGUCUCUAUGGGAGAUGGUCCGUUUGGUGAACAUUCUGAUUGUCUUCAGAUUUCUGCGGAUUAUCCCAAACAUCAAGCUGAUGUCUCUGGUGGCCAGCACCCUGCAUGACCUGGUAAAGAAUCUCAGAGCCUUUGCUGGAAUCCUGGUGGUUGUGUACUAUGCUUUUGCAGUGCUUGGUGUAAUGUUGUUUGAAGGUGUUAUCACAGCUCCUGGGAAUAUGAGUGCGGUUGUCAACUCCAGUGCCCCGAAUACUACAGUAAACUACACUGCAACAUGUGGCACUUAUGAGCAGCUCGAGUACUGGCCAAACAACUUUGAUGACUUUGCGGCAACUCUGGUUCUUUUGUACAAUAUCAUGGUGGUGAACAACUGGCAGGUGUUCAUGGAUGCCUUUGCCAGAUACUCAACCCCGUGGUCGAAGCUGUACUUUGUGGCCUGGUGGUUAACCUCCUCUGUCAUGUGGGUGAACCUGUUCGUUGCUUUAAUUUUGGAGAACUUCAUCCACAAGUGGGAUAGAAUCCAUCACAGUUCCAUCUCCGAUGAAGAUCAAGCUGAGUGUCAGAUGACUGUGCAGUCAAUGUUCAGAGAGUUUUUACAGGAACCAACAGAAGAGGAACUUCUUUCAAAACUGGAGCAGCACCCUCACUUGAACAUCAAGCGCUAAUCACAGUAACACUGAAGGAAUCAAAGCUGGAGUCCAGAGUGUCCCAAACUGGGCUUCAUUUAUAUUGCUGAUGGUUUUUAUUUUGGCUAUUUUUAAGUUGUUUUUUUAUUAUUUUUAUUUUAAUAAUGUAUUUAAGUAUUCUUAUUUAAAGAGGAUCAUUUAACAAAAUUUUAAAUGCCUUUUUUUAAAGAAAGAAUUCCUUUUCAAAUAACCUGGUUAUAAAAUCUGUACAGAAUCAAUCAGUCAUCAAUCAAUCAAUCUUUUUUUUUAUAUAGCACCUUUCAUAGUGGACCACCAUCACAAAGUGCUUUACAAGGUGCAGUAACAACCAGAAAAUCCAUAAUAUUUUAAAUACAGAGAAAUGCAUAAUACAUGCUAUACAGUUUAACAAAAAAAAACAAAACAAAAAAAAACAUUAUACAUUAAAUACAGUGGAAAGUGCAUAAUACAUGAAACAUGAUAGUAGCAUAAUACAUGAAAUAGUAGCAGCAACACAGCAGCCAAUAGCAGAUAUCAGGCUUAAAGAGCAUAGAAAGCAAGAGAGAACAGGUGGGCCUUGAGAGUUGAUUUAAACAGAGCGACGGUGGGAGUUUUGAAAAUAAUCCUGAACUUUACAGGUAGUCAGUGCAGCUGGGCAAGACGGGGGGGUGAUGUGAUAACAUUUUUUACAUCUGGUAAGGAUCCUGGCAGCGACAUUUUGAACUGCGAUGUAGCACUGUACAUAUAAUUAUACUACAGGUUGUACAAACAGACUUAAAUAACUAGAGUUAAAUAUUUUUUAAUAGGCCCAGCAAUAUUUGUAUUGAACCAGAGCACGCACGCACGCACACACACACACACACACACACACACACACACACAUCCAGCUGCUGUUCUGUUGCCUCUGGGUUCACACCUACCUGCUUUACCUUGAUUAGCUACAUGACUUUAACCACAGCCAUUACUCUGGGUAGGUUUUGUAGAUCUAUCACAAUUGGGGCAUACGUUGUAAAACAUUCACAAAACAUUCCUGGUAUGGGAACCUGGGAAGUACCCUGUAUUAGUCACAGCAUGCUAAAUAACAACUACAAAGACUUUGUGAGAGCUGGUGUUUGUUCAUUAUUUAUUUCCCCGGAGUAAAUACAGAACUAUUUAGUAAGUCAUCUUGUGACUUCUUAUGAUUCAGAGUUUAAAAUUGUGGAUGUUUUGAAAUCAUUUGACUUGCAUUACAAGUAUGUCACAAGUAUGUUUCUCAAAUCCCCAGUGUAACUGUGCUCUCUUUCUGUAAUUUAAAAAUCUAAAAAGUAAGCUGCAACUGGGCAAUAUAUAUGCAGUGGUUUAUUAUUCUUUUAGAAUUAAGUAAUUUAAAAUCUAUUAUAAGUCAAAUGCUCACUGUUGCACAUCACCAUUUUAUGAAAAUGUUUUUACCUUUUGAAGAUUGCACUUUCUACAGUUUGAUUUGCAGCUUUAUGUAUUUAUUAUAUUCAUUGAAUGUUCAACUGUAGUCACAGAAACGUGUUAUUUAAUACAAAAUAAAUAAACACCAUGUCAUUCUG